AUGCAUAUUUCUCCUAGUUACCCUGGUUCGGGCGCUGAGUACCGUCUGCGGGUGACUGCAGGUACUGAUCAUGACAGCACCAACCACCAGGAAGUUGAGGUGAAUGGAGCCAUCAGCUCCCUGGUUGGCCUCAAUGUGGCUGUAAACCUUGCCGUGAAAGUCAAGGACUACCAUGGCCUCCCCCUCUCUGCACCUCUCACAUCCAACUACUUCGACCACAACCUCCACCGCGAUGACAAUUUUUCCAUCGCGUUCUCUAUCGUCUUUGACCGUGACGUAAAUGGCAACGACCUGGUGUUUGGAAACUUUUUCAAAACCCCAAUUGAGCACAAACUGCCCGAUGGCUUCAAACUCCUGACCGGCCUCAUCAAGAGGUGGGGCGACAAGUCCAUCGAGUUCAACAUGAAGGGCAAGAACCCGUCGGUCCACGCCCCUGCCCUUACGAGCUUUUCGCAGCUCCGCAUCGGCGUCGAGGGCCCAACGGAGGCCCAAAAACUCGGCCGUCACUCCGUCGUUAUGGAGGGGUGCGAGACUGAGAGCGGCUCGGAGAUCCUCGAGAAGCAGGGUGUGCCCACCACCGCCGAGGGCCGCAAGGAGUUCUUCCAAGCUGCCGAGAACCGAGAGGAGUUCUGGUUUUUCGGAGGGAUCCAGUAUCUCGCCGACUUUGGAAACCACGACCUGAACUUCCGGAAUCUGUGCCUCAAUAUCCCCGGAAAGCCGCUCGCCUACUACCAGCUCCUGGAAGACGAGGAGCACCAGCUACGAUACACGUUGAAAAACGUGAAGACCGGGGAGAUUUACUUGGUGGUGGUCUUCUCUGUCGUGAUGAGCAACGAGGAGGCCAACACUUUGGCGGGCAAGCAGAAGGCUGCCGUUGACUUAGUGGCUUUGGAGGGUAUGGUGGAUAUCGUGCGCCGCCAGCGCCGGCGUUUCGUGCGACUGUGA